CUUAAAGAUCUAGCCCAACAUUCCUAACCUCUCUCUGGGCUAUAAAAUGUGGAGCCCCAACAGUCCAGCUCCUCCUCCACCUUCUGUUUGUUUUUUGACUCCCUCCUUCUGCUUCAGAGUGGAAGAGCGGCCUGACAGGAUCGUACCAUUCUCCAACCACAGGGGAAGUCAUUUAGUUGAGCGAGGAGUAGCUGCAUUCGCUUCUAGGGCUUCACGCGUCCUGCCUCCCCCGCUGUGUUUUUUGUCCGUGGACGGGCCCGAGGUGGAGGGGAGAGGUUGGGGAGGGGGUGUUCAGCAGAGGAGAGAGGGAGAACAGCAUUUUGAAACCCAGCUGAUCAGAGCUGUGGUAUUCUGCCACAGAGGCAGGGGGACAAGGAGCGUGACUGGAGACAUUAAAAGAGAGGAUAAGAGAAAGCAGCUGAAGCCUUUGUGAUUGUAGGACGGAGAAUAUACAAAUAGCAGAGCGGAAGAGAAAUGUCUCCUUCCUUUCAUGGGGAACUAGCAACUCGUGUGAAGAGAGCGUCUCUGUGGAAAGAUGUGAGAGCUGUUGGCAGGGUGGAAAUCUGAGGAAGAAACACACAGAAAAGGUUCAGUCGGGUUCUGGAAACCAUUCCAGUGAGUCUUUGAGUCAAAAGAGGGCGGAAGAACCCCCCCUCCGUGGAAAGAGGAGCGAUGUCUUGGCUGUCACCUGUGUCAUGGGCCAAAUGGACGUGGACGGCGGUGAGAGGGGGAGAGGGAGAGGAGGAUGAAGAGGGGCAGGAGGCCAGCGAGGAGAGGGAACAACCUGGAGAGGAGGAGGAAGAAGAAGAAGAGGAGGAGGAGGAGAGAUCUCAAGGCUGCAGCUCUGACUCAGAGGGUCAAUUCGACACUCCUGAAGCAGUAACUCCUGUCCGCGCCCCUCCAACCUUCCCAGGAGAGCUGGAGAACAACAACGCUGAUGCAGACAAAACAGAUGUGGAUCAGGAGGAGCAGCUGAUAGUGACUGCUCCGGUUUGGGAUCAGGAUAUUUUGCUCAGCCACAACAUGGGUCAAGAUGAGCCUGCAGUCCCCAUGGGUGCACCACUGGAAGUAAACAUCCAGACCCUAGAAGCAGAACAAACAGAGAAUCUUUCAGAAGUCCUGGGCUCUGUGUCUGUCCCUGCUCCAUCCUCAGUGAAGGAAAUUGCUGAAGUCGCUAAAUGCACAGCGCCAUCCACAGAGCCAUCCCAAGCCCCAGUCCCCGUCCUAGUUGCAGAUCCUGUCCCGGAUGUUGCUCCUGCUCCUGCUCCAGCUCCUGCUCCAGCUCCUGCUCCAGCUCCAACUCCAGCUCCUACUAUAGCUCCAGCUCCUGCUGUAGCCCCAGAACCAGACUCGGCCCUUAGCAGUGAACCUGCAGUCAGUCCAGCUCCAGAGCCCCCUGAGCAGAAACCUCUUGCUGAAUCAGAACCACAGUGCAAUGGCCUGGAUCAGACAGAGCCUACUCAAAAGACUAAAACCAGCAAGUCCAAGCCUCCACCCCUGACAGUAAAGGCCUCACUGAAUGAUCUUGCCCAAACAAAUGAGGAAGAAGAACUUCCUAUUCCCAAGGCCACUUAUAAAUUUGACCCUGACCAGCUGGAUGACAGCUUCAACCCCUUUCAGUGCGGCGGAUCCAAAAUCCAGAACUCUCCCCCACCGUUCGGUUCAAGCUCGCUCCCCAGUCUCGAGCCACUCGGUAGCUCCUUGCCUGUGUGUGAGGCCAGCUCAGUAGCUCCAGCAGAACCAGAGAUGAGGGAGUCAUCGUCGGAGGCCAAGCCUGUGAUGCUUGAGUUCGGUCUGGACGAGGGGACGGUCAGCAAGCCGCCUCCGAGGAAAUUAGGUGGUAAAAAGUCAAACGGCAAACUCGCAGCUAAGAGGCAGAAGGUCAAAAGAUCUGAGACUCCCUGCAAACCUGCACCCGAACCCACAAUCUCAGAACCAGUGUCUCAACCAGUGUCAGAACCAUUUUCUCAACCAGCAUCAGAACCAUUUUCUCAACCAGCGUCAGAACCAGUUUCUCAACCAGCAUCAGAACCAGUUUCGGAUCCUCUUCCAGAAACUCCUUUGCCGGUUUCAGACUCUACCGCACCUCUGAACCUUGAUGAUAUUCCUAUUCCUAAGUCAGGAACAUAUAACUUUGAUCCAAAUCAGUGGGACGACCCGAACUUCAAUCCGUUUGGAAGCAAUAGUGCGUUGAGCGGCACUCCUGUGCUCCCGAAGAGCUCCUACAGUUUUGAUCCAGACAAUUUUGAUGACUCUGUGGACCCUUUCAAACCCUCAAAACCCAUGAGCACUGAGGACUCGUCCAGUAGCGCCCCUCAGCCGGAGAAGAAAGUGAAAGACGAAGGCAAACAGAAUGCAGUGCAACCGGCGCGGGAGAAAAAAGUGAGGCCGAUUCCCAAGAAAAACAAAGAGAAGACAAUCACGAAUUCCUGUAAAGUUCAGAAAUAUGAUGAGAGCCAGGCCUUGGUGCUUGACGUGUGCAAUCAGGAGGAGGAUGAGGUGGUGGCUCACACCCCAGAGAUCACUCAGCGGGUUCAUCACGCCACUGAUGAGGAGAAGCUUGCCUCCACUGGCAUUAAGAGCCAGACAACAGACAGCCAGGAGGAGAGAGGAGAGCCUGAAUGCCAAAAAGAACCUGCGAAGAAACAUCCAAUCGAUGAUAUUUAUUUUAUGGAUGGUUCUGGCAGUAAAAUUACAGAUGACAAGGAGGAGAAGGACACCUGCUGUCUGAAAGAUGAUAUGAGUGAGAUAUGUAUGACCCAAACAACAAAGAUGGCCAGCAGUGAGGUCCAAGACACAGCGGCCCUGUCCCAGGACAACAUGCCUCUGAGUGAGAUGGAUAAGGCAGGAGUGCUCACCCUGAUCAGAGAAGAGAUCAUGACUAAAGAGAUUGAGGUCAACGAGUGGAAGAGGAAGUAUGAGGAGAGCAGAACUGAGGUUUUGGAGAUGAGGAAAAUAGUUGCAGAGUAUGAGAAAACAGUUGCACAGAUGAUUGAGGACGAGCAGCAGCAGAAGUCCCUGUCCUGCAGUAAGUCGGUCAGGCAGUUGACCGUAGAGAGGGAUCAGGCCAUAGCCGACCUCAACUCUGUGGAGCGCUCCUUCGCUGACCUCUUCAGGAGGUAUGAGAACAUGAAGGGAGUCCUGGAGGGCUUCAAGAAGAAUGAGGAGGUGCUGAAGAAGUGCGCACAGGACUACCUGAUGCGGAUCAAGCAGGAGGAGCAGCGAUACCAAACCCUCAAGGUGCACGCUGAGGAGAAACUGGACAAGGCUAAUGAGGACAUAGCACAGGUACGUGCCAAGGCCGACUCUGAGAGUGUCGCACUCAACGCCAGCCUGAGGAAGGAGCAGAUGAAGGUGGAUUCACUUGAAAGAGCUGUCCUUCAAAAGAAUCAAGAGAUCGAGGAGCUCACGAAGAUAUGCGAUGAGCUGAUCGCCAAACUGGGAACAGAAUAAGAGGCCUUUAAAUCAAACUCUCACUGCGACAUUGAUGUAAAUACUGUACAUGAUCACACUUAAGCACACUUCAAGCUCUUUCUCUCUCCCCCUGCGUACAUGUUUUUGAAAAAGCAACAACAUUUGAAAUACAGAUGGUUGCUCUUUUCAGACUGAAAUAUGAUACCAGAGCAAUCAUUUUUCAUAGUGUUAAUCGUGUCAUGGCAGUUGAAGAAGCACAGAGUUAUCGUGAGGUAUAUUUUAAUAAUUUUGAAGGAGAUUUAUUGAUAUUUGGCCAAGGAUUUACAUUAAAGCCUCGUUUUAUUAUUCAAAGAUUCAUCCACCUUUAACUGUUGUGUGUGCAUUGGUUCUAUGACAAAGAAUUUACAUUUCUGUUUUAUACAGUGUGUUGAGCACAAUACUGUAGGAAAUAACGUUGGAACUAAGGGAAAGACGAUGUGGACACACAGCACAGACAUCUUUUAACACAGUGUGUCUACACUGUAAUUAAAGGUAUAAUAUGCAACUGAUCACCAUCACUUAUGAACCACUAGAAGUGUGUUGUGGUGUCCUUACCUACAGAAACCCUGUCCUCUGCCUGUAUUUUCUCUUUUCGUCUUAUUUUGCUCUUCUGGGCGUCAGCAAAGAGCUUUUGGACCCCACAUUGGGGAUGUGACCCCCAGCCAAUAAUCAGGGUGUUCUGGCCCGUUGUCAUUCCCAGUUCAAACACACCCGCUUUGUCCCGCCCCUUGGCGCACCGAGGCUCACAGGCCACAGCAGGAUAAUUCCUUUAAAAUCGUGCACCUUCCCACAGGUUUGUGAGGAGGUGAGCAUGUGUUUAUUCGUGCCUCAGAACAUAACUGCCGUGAAACAAUCAGAAAAUAAUGUUUUAUUCUUGGUUCUCACUAACGUCGGGCAAUUGAAAGUGGCAAUUUGACUACAUAUUAUACCUUUAACUGUAUUGAUGAUACAGUCUUCUCUAUUGAGUGACUAAACUGGCCCUUGUGUAUUCGUUUCCUGGCCUAUAGAAAAAUGUCUUGCUGCCAUUUCUUUUGUGAUACAGUUUAGUUCUGUUGGUUAUCUUCUUUCAUCAGCAAAUGAACUAUAAGGUAAGUAAUAUUACAUAUAUACUUUAUAUCGUAUUUCUUAAGUUGCCUUUGAGUUUGUUUGUCUGUGUUUCACAUUGUAACAUAUACAAGUGUGUGAUGAAGUCCUCAGUUAUGCAGUUAAACCACAGAGUUUUGACAUCAUGUACAUUUUGCCUACCAUAAAUCUCUGCGAUUGUUAAAUAUGAAGAGCACUUAAGAGAAUCUUAGAUUCUGUUUCUUAUUCAUUUGAUGGUUUGACGGUGAUGACACUUUGCUCUUAUUAUACUGUAAUAUUAAACCAUUUUCUUGUUCUGCGUUAGUCUGAAAGUUAGAAACAUUCUGUUGCCAUGUUUUUGGACUAUUCAUAUUUUGUGGGAGCCCAAAUGUUACUGGUGUGCCUUUAUUUAGUCUAUUUUGUAAAAAAAUAUAGUUUGCUAUGUUCCUCCAUGCCGUUGUUUCGAAACAUUGUGGCCAAAGUGUUCUGUAUACAAAGUAUAGAUAUUUUAUGAUCAAAAACAUCCUGAAAAGUGAGUAAUAAUGAGUUUGCAGUAAAGUUGAAAGUCUAUGAUUUGGCAACAAGAGAGUUCAUCAGUAAUAUAUAAUAAUAAUAAUAAUAAUAUCCUCAUUGCUAGCAUCAGCAUUUUCUGGUCCGAUUAAACUUGAAGGAACGCACAAGUUCGUUUUCGGUCGGAUGUGUUUCAGAUAUAAAGGACAGGUUCUUCUGUGGAAGCCUUGUUUCACGUCAGCACAAUCAAUUGCCAAAAGUCCUUGUAAAAUGACAUGAGUUUCAGUGUGACUCUGUGUCCUAUUAUAGUGGUGUUACAUUAGUCUGAGGGUGCUUUUCGAUGCAAAUACAUUGUUACAGUACAAUAUGUGUAAAUUUUAUACUUUAUGAAAAGAAUAUUGUUCUUAAUAUUUGUAAAAUUGAAGAAUUAAGUAUACUCAGAUUGUAUGUGAAUGGCUAUAUUUUGUGAAUUCCUGAAUAAAUGGUUAAAAUGUAAUAUA